AUGUUUCGUGUUGCAGUAUCUCGAAAUUUGAUUCGAUUGGCCAAACCAUUGGUGGUCGGUCAAAUUGAACGGCAAUUGUGUGAAUUUCGCGUUGUUACAUCGUCAUUGAGCACGUUUUUAAAGCCGUCUACGACAAUAACAACAACAACGAUUUGUCGUGAUUUCUGUUCCGAAUCAUCAGAGCCAAAAAAGAAGAAGAAACAAAAGAAAAAUGCACCAGCCGUUGAUCAUGUUGGACGCUUGGAUCUCCGAAUUGGAACCGUUCUUGAAGUGAACAAAGCACCAGACGCUGAUACACUAUAUUUGACAAAAGUUGAUAUUGGCGGUGAAUAUUUAUCGAUUGUAGCCGGUCUCGCAAAAUGUUUAACCGUUGACGAAUUACUCGGACAGAAUGUUGUAGUUUUAUGUAAUUUAAAACCAUCAAAACUUCGUGGACAUUUGUCCGAAGGUAUGAUUAUGUGCGCAAAAAGUGGCGACACCAUGGAAUUACUUGUACCACCACAAAAUGCAAAACCUGGUGAUUUGGUCUAUUGCGAAAACUACGAGCGCACAAUACCCGAAGCAGCGCGUGACAAAAAGAAAUUAUACGAUCCAUUGGCUGCAGAUAUGCUUACUGAUGACAAAUUAGUUGCCUGCUACAAAGGGUCUUACCUAUAUUUACCGGAAAAAGGAAAUAUCAUCACAAAAUCUCUUAAGAAUGCAAGCAUUCAAUAA